GUGUACGGCCGCAUGGUGCGAGGGGUGGAGAUCCUCGGCAAGAAGCUUCGUUUCUCGCGGGACAGCCGCCUGGGCUUUCUGACCUUCUGCCCGACCAACCUGGGCACCACUAUCCGCGCCAGCGUGCACAUCAAGCUGCCCAAGCUGGCUUCCGACAAGACUGUGCUUGACUCCACCGCUGCCAAGUACAACUUGCAAGUGCGAGGCACCAGAGGUGAGCACACAGAGAGCGAGGGUGGGGUGUACGACAUUUCCAACAAGCGCCGAUUGGGACUCACCGAGUACGAGGCCGUCAAGGAAAUGCAGGAUGGCAUCCUCGAACUCAUCAGACUUGAAAAGACCAUGGAGUGA